UGACCGUGAAAGAUUAUGAAAAACUUGGUUGCAUUUAGUUGUAUGAGAAACUUAGUUGAGUUGAGAAGUUUCGUCUGCUAGCUAAAGUGGUAUCUCAAAAAUUUUAACAUAGGAAGCGACGUAAAUGAGUUUAACAUUUGUCAUUCUUCGAACAUAAGCAUCUAUGCUUCAGGAAAUGUGGUCAGCUUGUUGGCAACACAUGCUAUAAUUCAAAUAUUUUCGUACAACGUUAUUGUACUAUUAUCAAUAAUCACAUCGGUUGAAAUCCCCUCGGACACAUAUUUAAGAAUCAUGAUUUACUUUUGGAUCCGUAGACAAAUUCGGCGAGUAAUGAAACCCAUACCUUACAAAACAGCUGAUGAAUGGAGUCGAAGACUCACAGGAAUCUAUGUUUUGUCUGCGUGGUGUACCCUUGGCUUGGUGGCGUACAACUUCAAAACGUAUAAAGAGAAGGCAAGAAAAGAAGACCCUACAUUUGCCAUGAGAGAACAAAUGCCUGGUUUAUACUAUGGAAGAGUACUGCAAGCACAGAAUAUGCACAUGUAUGAUCUAUCAGGAGGAAAAUUGACUAAGACUGGUGUUUAUAAUAGGGAUGAGGAUGAGCUACUGAAGCGUAGUGACAUAGACUUUUUUGGUGAAGAAAUAGUAAAAGAUGAAGAAAAGAACUGACAUUUUAGCAUAUUAGAAUUUAGUUACUUUGUAUCAUGAUAAAAUUUAUGGUGUGAAGA